GGUCGCCGGCGGAGGAGGCCACCCUGAACCUCCCUCAGCUAUCCCCUAAGUCCAAGGCCUGUGUCCGUGUGAGCCCGUGACUUGCAUCCCGCCACCCUCAUUGCUCCUUCCACGUUGUACCUAAAUGUUAGCCCCUGGCAUUGUAAUUCAACCUCUCCCACCCACUCCCGCCGACGAGUACAGACUAUUGUUCCUGAUGAGGCGCCUUUUAUUGGAAACUAGCUUCUAGAUUUUCAGUGGAAACUGGGCAUGGCUGUGAGCUCAGACAGUUGCAGGUCACUCAAGUAUCCUUAUGUUGCAGUGAUGCUAACAGUGGGAGAUCGUUCAGGCCAAGUAACGAACAAGUCUUUUGAAAUGACAAUUCCACAGUUUCAGAAUUUCUACAGACAGUUCAAGGAAAUUGCUGCAGUUAUUGAAACUGUGUGAACACUGAUUACUUGGUUGAUAAAUUGCUGUCAUCAUCCUAAAAUCAUGGAUUUCACUUUCUGCAACAAAGCUGCAUAAGGAUCACAUGAUAUUUAUUGAAUGACAAUUGCACUUUUGUUUUUCCUUUUUUUUAAAUAAUAAAAAAAUCAGACAAACAGGAAUUAGACAGUGGUAAUUGACAAACAACUUUGUGACUGUACUAAAAGCCUUUGGAUUGAACACUUUAAAGGGCAAAGUUAGUGGUAUGUGAAUUAUAUCUCAAUAAAAAAAUAAACACUUGAGUAUUGAAAA